ACAUCAUAAUCAGGAGCAGGAAUCAGAACUCUUCAGCUCGCAGGAACAAUAUGCUUGUGCCCCGCCAUUGUCCCCCCCCAUCCCUUAUCUCGCUCCUCCCUUCCCCCUUUCCCCGGUCGCGCGCGAGCACCCCUCUCUCCAUCGCAUGACCGCCUAGCCGUGUUGCACCAUGUCGGACACGAAAUCAACUCUUAAACCCGGAAUGGCGGCUGCCACGCCAAGUCCGACCGCGGGAAACAACGAGCUAACUGCGGAUCCCGUAGCUAGCACUGUGUCUGAAAGUCAAGGAUCGGAAAGCAAUCAAACAUCGGCCACAUCGCGUCCGUCCAAGCGAGCAGAGUCUGCUGACCCCCAGAUCGAGGUAUCCAGCCUGACCGUGGCGCCAAGCACGCAGAAGAGUGGAGAGCAUCCUGCUGUAAAUAGUUCGUAUCAAGAAUCAGAAGCCAUCGGCCAUACCAGUGAUACAGAGUCCAUCUCAACCGCCUCGUUGACAAAGACCCACCCCGCGAUUCCUGAUAUCUCCGCAUUUCAAGACACAAUCGAAGUCAUAAACGGAACCACCUGCAAUGGACCCUGCAUGGACCCGCCGUUCGAGAUGAAGACCUUUGGACCGAGCGGCCCGAGGAUGUAUUUCUGUCUCGAUUGCGUUCUACAAAGAAACUGGGGAGAGCUUCUGGUCCAUGUGCUGUUGGGCGGAACAUCGGUAUCUGCCGCAGCCGAUUGAUGACUGGAUGGGGGUGAAAAAACGGGGUGAUUCGCAUCGGAAGGAAGGAGAAGUUGCGGAAGGAUCGGAUGAUGCCGGUAAAAGAUCGGUAAAAGAGUUAGAUUAAUG